AUGGCAGUGGCUAUUAAUUCAGUAGUUGCUGUAUUUAAAGAUGAGGAAGACAAGCAAUGCGAGUUUAAUGCCAAAGCAUCAUUCUUGCUCCAUCAAGUACUGAACUAUACUAAAGAGGCACGUUGUGUCAGGUACGACCAAUGGACUAUCAAAUAUUGUAUAGCAAUUCAAGGGCGAAGCCCUACUAUUUAUGAUUUUCUUCGGCAGCAAAAUUUGCUAACACUUCCAGCCUUGAAUACUCUCUACAGCUACACUGGACGAACAAAUGGAAGCGUAGGAAUAACGUCUGUAAACUUGGAGCGGCUUAAGGUAUUAUUUAAAACUUUGUCCAAGAGUUAUGAAAGAAGUAUCAGCUUAGAAGUGGAUGAAAUGGCUUGUAAGUCAUUACUUCUUUGGAUCCAAUCCCGCCAACAAUUCGUCGGGGAAGUUGAUUUUGGAGGUGUUGGUGUUUUUGCACCAAAAAUGGACGAUGAGGGACUAGAUAUUUCGUACGGAUGUGAAGAUGCAGUCAUUGAUGAAGAUGUUGAAAAUGUUGUUGACGCUGAUGGUGGUAAAAUCUCGAAGAAUGCUGCAUUUAUGAAAAAUGAGUCAAGCAACACAAGUAAUGGACCUCCGGUGCUAGCAAACAGUUUGAUUAAUUUUGUCAUGACAGGUUUGACAACAAAAUUUACUUCUAUAGUUGGAACCUGGCCAGUUGCAAGGCUUACUGGUCGACAAUUAUUUUUUCUCACAAUUCACGUCAUCCGUACGCUUGAAGAUAUUGGGUUUACAGUAGAACGUGUAGUCGGUGAUAAUGCCAAAAUCAACGUUGCUCUUUUCAAACUUCUCAGAAAGCAAGAAGAUGAAGAACCCUUUCUAGUCACUCAGCCCAUUGAUUCUGCGAGAAAGCUAUUUGUGAACAACAGUUGCGCGCCGAAGAGCAAGAGGUAA